UCUGAAAAAGAAUCACCGCCACUGCUUACGGCCCCCAAUCUUUCUAUCCAAGCAGCAACGACGGUUUCAUACUAGCAAAAUCUUGGCCAAAUUGCUUCACCUAUAGCUAUAACCACGCUCCAAUUAUCUCCGUCAAGACUCCAUCUCGUCAGCGGCUAAAGGACACAUUCACGAUCGUCGAGUUUUACCAUCUGCUUUUAAACUCUCCAUCCUCGAUACUUUAUGAGCACCAGCUCACGCUGCCGCGACGACCCAACCCAUUUCCCAAUCACCACCCAAGUACAACCCUCAAAUUCAUCUCUACGACCUCCUAUUCUUUUAAAUUUUCUUUUCAAUCCUUGGACUCCGACAACAGCCAUCCACCUCCACCAAGCAGCGCCACCUCUUUAAAAUCACUGCCCAGCCUUCCAUAUACAUAUAAAUGUGAACACAUAACUCUCACCUAUAAAUCGAUGUUGAUUUCCCCCAAAACUCGGUAAACACUAAUUUUGCUCGGUGUUUAUCCUCAAAUUGACUCCCCAAUUCUAAUUUCCUUUUUUUUUUUAAUUUUAUUUUAAGUUUAGUUUAGGAUUAGUUAACGUUUGUUUAAAAGAACUUGAUGGAAGGGGUAUGGCAUAGAAUGGUACAACAACAUAAGUGCAACAACCGGAAGCCAAAACUAUUUUAUGUACCAUCUAGAAAAGCCAAAAUCACAAGUGUACUAUUGAGAAUUUCUCUUAAAAAUAAAAAAAAUGUGUCAAAAUUAUAUCACUAAUUAAAUAUAAUAUAAAAACCGAUUAACAUUAAAUAACUGAGAUGUACUACAAAUUGGACUUGAGUUUUAUAUUAGAAUCAAUUAUUCAUUUUUUUUUUAAAAUCCCAUGUUUCUGUGAGGUGCCUAAUGUGCCAGCCGACUUGGCUCGUACAAGGGACCUGCUCCAAGUCUUGGUGUGUUGUUUCGAGUCUUUCGACGCAUAUGAUCCUACGCGGGUCGUUUACGUGGUUUCAGUCCAUUUUCUGUUGUUUGUUUUGCAGUACAAAUCGAAAACCUUUACCGGUCUGGGGCCGAGUCAAUGGUAACGUAUAUAUUACGUUCAAGGAAUUUUUGUUCCUAACUUAAACUGAAGGACUUUUUCUUUAGCAAUAAAUCGGACUUAGUUCAUUAUCAUCCCGUGACAACUGCAAACGUCACCUUUUAGCUGCACGUAAAAGUUUAUUUCAUAAUGUUAAAAACACAUUGAGAUGCAGAUUUUAAGGCCAUCCAUCUUGACCGCCAAAUCUGAAAAAAAAAAACAACAAAUAUGAGAUUCUGGGUGUGGAGAACUAGUUCAUCUAAAAUCCAAAAAUAUGAGAAGAUAUGUCUCCAGAAAAAAUGUUAGGUUAUAUUUUAACACCUCUCAUCUUAAAUAAUAAAUGCCUUGGUAAAAUCAAGCUCUCUCGUAUCAUGUUCACAAUCUUGCCCAUCUAAAGUUUUAAGGUGUUAGAAAAAGAUUCCAUACUACUCCCUCCGUAUAUCUGCUUUUUGACUUUUCAGCACACAUUUUAAGAUGUUUUGACCACAUAUCUAUAGAUGUUAUUUUCAAAUAUUUCUUUUUGUGAAUAUAAGUGUUGAUAUAAUAUUUUUAUUCAGAAAAAAAAAAUUCAAAAACAAUCUUUUUAACUAUAUAAUCAAAACACUUGAUGCGUGCCAAAAAGUCAAAAGACAGAUAUUUAAGAACGGAGAGAGUAUAUUUUAACACUAAUAAUGUUUCAAAAUAUUAUUUUAAAUCAAAAUUCAAGAUAUUUAUAAUAAGUGAGUACUUUAAUAAUAUUUUAGUAAUACUUUUAAAGACCUCGCUCCAACUAGUACCUUAUUUUUCAAGGUAAUACCUGACAUUUCUAAAUAAUUUUUAUUAAUAAAAAUUAACUUCUUUUAUUUAAAACAUAUCUCUCCUCUCAUUUUUUCCUUCCCUCUAUUAGUGUUUCAUAUAUAUAUUAUAUUAUAAAAAUAGGGCGCAAUCAUAAUAUAUAUUAUUAGAAUCACAUGUCAAAAUAGUAUUAUUUUUCUUUGCCAUAAAUAAUCGAUUUAUUGAUGACUUUUAAAUUAUUCGACAAAAUAUAAUGAAAAUCGGAGUGGACAUCUCCCACUCUCAAGACACGAUCAGUUAGCUAAAGAACACUUGUUCUCACUAAGAAGUGAAUAUCCCUAUUAUUUGCCGACCGUUUAACAAAUUUAAACUUAAUACUUUUUGUUUUCCAAGCUUGCAAGAAGAAUGCGACAUAAAGAAAAUAAUAGUAUAUACUUAAUUUUCAAAAGUUAAUAAAAAAUUGUCAACAGAAGAUAUUUAGAAUAUAAUUUCCACUAUAUAUUUAUUAUAUAAUAAUUUGAAAAUCCACUUUUAUAAAUAUCUGAAAAAUCAGAACAAUAAUCUUGCAGGGAAAUAUUGCCGAAAACUUAAAAACUUUGUGAUUGUCCGGAAUAAUUGGGUUUGAACUCCGUAAAAUCAAGCUAAAAUUUCGAAGUCAAAUUUAUUAUGUGCCCUUUUAAUCAAUUUAUUCGUCUACCAAUUUUUUUUAUCAUUUAUUUUAAUGGUAAUUAUUAAGUAGUUAAGUGUAAUAUUAGUAUAUUUCUUAUAAAAUAAAAAGAGGAAUGCAGGAAUAAAUUAUUGUCACUAAACAAUGUUAGUUUGUUAUUUCUGAGACGACCUGCUAAUAUGACGGCUCAUUAUGUUGCCAAAAUAUCAUAUUCUUUCCCAAGUCGGAUAUUUGAUAGGGGAAAUGUCCCUAUUGAAAUUAAGAAUGUAUUGAUGACUGAUUUAAUGAUAUAAAAUUCUCUUUUCGUAAAAAAAAAAAAAAACGAGGAAGGCUGAGCGUCCGAAAUAGCAACUAUAUGUGUGCCGUGAAGAAACUGCAUGUAGACUCCACAGUUUCUAAGAAAAAUGACAUUCUAGUAAAUCUAAUGAAUCCAAAUAAUGGGCAACUUCUUUGUUGGUUCCGAAAAGAUUUUUAUUUACUACAUGUUUCUAUUUAAAAGAAGAAGACGCAUCAUAAAGAAGCAUUGUGCACUUAACUUAAAGACUCAAGCUGCUGUAGUUUAGAUUUGUUUAGCAAUAAAGAAAAGAUGUUAGUAGCAAAAUACUGUUUAGUGUUGACACUUAUUUUGACAUGCUCUCUGGAUUCUUUACAUCUUGUUCAUGCACAGGAUGAUAAUCCACCAGGCUUUGUGAGCAUAGAUUGUGGAUUGCCUGAAGGUUCUGAAUCGAGGGUAAGUAGUACCGGAAUAUACUACAAGUCCGACGCAAACUUGAUUGACAGCGGUGUGAGUGAGAGUUUAUUACCUUCCUACCUUGGGAACACGGUGGAAACAUACUUGUCUACUGUUAGAAGCUUUCCGCAAGGGAAGAAAAACUGUUACACCAUUCAACCUUCACCGGGGAAAGGUAGGAAGUAUCUGAUAAGAGCAAGUUUCAUGUACGGGAACUAUGAUUCUUUAGACCAAUUGCCAACAUUUGAUCUCAAUCUGGGAACAGACACUUGGAGCACAAUUGUAUUUCAAGAUAGUUAUAGUGUUGUGAGAAAAGAGAUAAUCCAUGUUCUGUCUUCAGAUUAUGUAAAUAUCUGUCUUAUAAAGACAGGUACCUCGACACCCUUCAUCUCUGCACUCGAGUUGAGGCCUCUCAAUAGCUCCAUGUAUCCAAUUGAUUCUGGAUCAUUGCUAACCUUUCAACACAUAGACUGUGACUCCACAAGGAGCAAUACAGUUAUCAGGUACCCAAAUGACAUUUAUGAUCGAAGAUGGAUGCCCUUUAACUGGACGAAUACAAAAGUAAGCACUUCCUUAGACAUUGCUAAUAAAAAUGAAUACCUAGUUCCGAUGGAGGUAUUGAGGACUGCAAGCAGAGCACAAAACAUCAAUGAAACCUUCCAGUUCUAUUGGGACACGACAAACACCAGUGAAGAAUUCUAUAUGUACAUGCACUUUGUUGAAGUGGAAAAGCUUCAAGCCGGUCAAUCUAGAGAAUUCAACAUCUACAUAAAUGGAUUACUGUGGUAUGCUCAAUUGGUUCCAAAGUAUCUAAAUGUGAAUACCAUUUACUCCAGAGGCCCAAAGACAGGUGAUACCAGGUACAGAGUUGAAAUCAACAAAACAGAAAGUUCAACGCUUCCACCCAUUAUAAGUGGCUAUGAGAUUUAUACAGCAAAGAAAUUUUCGAACCUUGGAACAAAUGAAACAGAUGUUGCUGCCAUCCGUAACAUCAAGUUAACAUACCAAGUGAGAAGAGACUGGCAAGGAGAUCCAUGUGAACCAGAAGACUUUCUUUGGGAUGGUCUUGAAUGCAGCUACCAUAGUUCUGAUCACUCCGCCAGGAUAAUAUCAUUGAACUUGUCCGCAAGUGGACUAACUGGUGACAUAGUUCCUUCUCUAGCCAAUCUCACACAACUAAAAACGUUGGAUCUGUCCAACAAUAAUUUAAGCGGGCAAGUGCCGGAAUUUUUGUCAGAAAUGCCUCUAAGUGUCCUGAAUUUAAAAGGAAAUAACUUUACAGGACCAUUCCCAGCUCAACUUCUAGAAAAUAAAAGGAAAGGGAUACUGGCAUUGAGUUUUGACGGUCCGGGAAAUGGUACAAGUAGAGAACUGUGUGGGAGGGAAUCCUGUAAAAAUAAAGGCAAUAAUUCAACCCCUGCAGUAGCUGGAGCUGUAGUUGGUUCAGCUUUAUUCUUGGCAGCGAUAUUGUUUGGUACAUGGUUAUUGAGAAGGAGAGCAUUACGAGUAGCUAGAAAAUUGGGUAAUCAAGACCAAGGGAAUAGUGGUUACCUAGACAAAAAGAAGAGACAAUAUACGUACGCUGAGGUCUUGAACAUCACUGGAAACUUCAAGAGAGUGCUCGGAAAUGGUGGUUUUGGCACAGUGUACCAUGGCCAUGUAGGUGAUACUCAAGUUGCUGUCAAGAUGCUCUCUCCGACAUCAACUCAAGGCUACAAAGAGUUCCAAGCAGAGGCCAGCCUUCUGCUGAGCGUUUCCCAUAAGAACUUAACCUCUCUGGUUGGUUACUGCAAUGAGGGCAUGAACAUGGGAAUCAUUUACGAGUACAUGGCUAACAGAAGCUUAGAUGAGCAUCUAUCAGGAAAAAACUCUGGUAUUUUGAGGUGGGAAACUAGAUUGCAGAUAGCACUUGAUGCAGCACAAGGUCUGGAGUAUUUGCACCAUGGAUGCAAACCAGCAAUCAUCCACAGAGAUGUAAAACCGAGCAAUAUAUUAUUGAAUGAACGAUUCCAAGCAAAGUUGGCUGAUUUUGGGCUGUCUAGAGCUUACCCAGUAGACGGUGGCACUCAUGUCACCACGAUUGUUGCUGGCACUCCUGGUUACCUUGACCCAAAUUAUAACACUUCAAAUAGGCUAACAGAAAAAAGUGAUGUGUUCAGUUUUGGGGUUGUUCUACUUGUGAUGAUAACCGGACGACCACAAAUAUUAACAACUGAAGACAGGAUCCACAUUGCGCAAUGGGUUGACUCCAUUGUUCAAUAUGGUGAUGUACAACAGGUUGUAGACCCGAGAUUCAACCGAAAUUAUAAUGUGAACUCUGUGUGGAAAGCAGUAGAAUUAGCAAUGACAUGCGCAUCGAGAAUUUCAUCAAGAAGGCCAACCAUGAAUACUGUGGUGAUGGAAUUAAAGGAGUGCUUGGCACUAGAGAUUGGUAGUCAUGAUGCAGAUCCAAACAAUUCAAUUGAAAUAGUCCAAAUAGAUCCAGAGAGCUCUUUGGUACCGGGACCUAGGUAGUUCAAUAUCUUUCUAUUAUGCCUUGUAUGGUCACUGCAUUAAGAAUAACGGUCAAGUACUUUGUUACUUCCAUCAUUGCCCUUUAUGAACUUAUAUUUGUUUUGAUUUCAAAUUUUUGAUUGCAUUGGAUCGUUUACAGUGAAAUUAGAGACAAAGCUAUAACCUAUAGGCAAUGCAACAACUAAAAUGUAAGAUCCCCUUUUUAUUGU